AAUUUGUUUGGAAUGUUGAAGAGGAUUUCAAGCCUGUUCCGGAUACCUGGAUUCCAGCAAAGGACAUCGAGUUCUCUAACGGCAAUCCUUUGCCUGAUGAAAAUGGCCAUAUGCCAGGUUGGGUGCCUGUGGAGAAAAACAGUAAGCAGUAUUGCUGGCACUCAUCUGUUGUAAAUUAUGAGGCUGAAAUAGCGCUGGUCUUGAAACACCACGCUGACCCAGGGCUUCUGGAAAUCAGUGCGGUGCCAUUAUCAGAAAUUUUAGAACAAACGUUGGAGCUUAUUGGGACUAAUAUUAAUGCAAAUCCGUAUG